AUGGAUCCCGCGAGUAUCAUUGGGACUACGUCGGCCGUCAUUUCCUUUGUCGAUUUCAUCGGGAAAGCGGUGAAUACGGCCCGCCAGCUAUCUGACGCCGGAAGCAUCGAUGAGUAUGAGAGGCUGGGCAAGCUGACGACCACCCUCGAGUCGGGCAUCGCCAGCCUGCGAAAGCGAGGAGAAGCGGGCGAUGAGGAACUGUCUGACGAAGAGAAGAGCGCUCUGCGAGUCGCCGAGCAAUGCAAACAGAUUGGCGACUCAAUCCAGCAUCUUCUGGGAAAGAUGAGGACCCCCGAGCCGACGUCAAAACAACAAACUUCCAUGGCGGACAAGCUACUGGACAAGGUCACCCGAGCGGCAAAGACUGGAAGAGUCGCCUUGGUUGUGCUUUGGAAUAAGCAAGAAGCUGACGAUCUGCGGAGGCAAUUCGACUCCUGCACAAUCCAGCUGAAUGCACACUUGAUAAGAAUGGCGAGUUUACUGACGGAACAACUUCCGCGAUUAUCUAAGGACAUGGGCCUUAUGCAAACCAAAUUGGGUCACAUCUCGAGAGACCAGGCACCUUUUUCACGCACACUCAUGGCCUUUGACAAGAAGUUCGACGGGACAUCUGAGAAAUUUCUAUUACAGUUGGAAAGAGUCCGAAAAGCCCUUGAAGUCUCGGAUCUGACGCUGCAUGCCAUCAACCAUCGGCGAAUUCUCAAUGCCAUUCGCUUCAAAGAGAUAUCGGUCAGAUAUGAUCAGGUUUCAAGAGCCGAAGAGGACACGUUUGGAUGGUUGGUUGAGGGGGAUAGCGUCCCGAGUCACUACAAUCUGAAAAUCUCGUUCAGAGACUGGCUAGCGACAGGCACAGGGGUAUUCCACUUCUCGGGGAGGCCAGGAAGUGGCAAGUCAACACUCAUGAAGUUCUUGGCUCAACAUUCUGAAACGGCCAGUCAACUGAAGCGGUGGCAGGGCGAUAAAAAGCUAGUAUUGGCUACUGCCUUUCUGUGGAAGGCUGGGGCGAAGAAGCAAAGGUCCAUGGGUGGAAUUGUCCGAUCUCUUCUCUACGCCAUCCUGGAUAAGAACCGUGAGGACCUCAUUCCGAAAACAUUCCCACAACAUUGGUCCCCUAAUAGCUGGUCGCCGUGGACGCCAGCAGAGGACAUGGAGAUUCCACUCGACAGCGACGAAAUUCAAUCUGCUCUCGAGGCCAUCAUCAGUGACCAGUCUUCGGGCUAUAGGUACUGUUUCUUUCUCGAUGGUGUUGACGAAUUCGAGGACGCCGAGAUCCGCAAACGUGAGCUAGCGUCGACUCUGCUACGGUGGACUUCAAGCAACCCGGAAAACGUCAAGAUUUGUGUGUCGAGUCGUGAGGAGCCAGUCUUCAUUGACCUCUUUCCCCUAGGUCAGAGAAUCCGGCUCCAUCUAGUCACUGCCGGCGACAUUCGCAAAGCGAUACAAGGGGUUCUUGGCAAACACGAAAACUUCUUAAAGUUCCCUUUAGACAAACGCGGACAUUUCAUCGAAAGGUUUGUGGGUGAUUCCGAGGGCGUUUUCAUCUGGACGAAGCUGGUUCUGGAUGAGCUGUGGAGCAAGCUGGAUGACAAACAGCCACUGGAGGAUCUUCACAAUGUUCUCGACGUUGUGCCGAAGGAUCUUGAUGAGUUUUACGAGAGAAUUCUGCGAUCGAUCCGAAACUCAGAUGCUGCCGAGUCUUCGGCAAUCUUCGACAUCUUGAUCACCGCAAGAGCGGAAUGGACGGACCCUGCUUGUCUUUUGAUUCUUGAUUACUCUUUUAUCCGGGACUUCAUCGACCCGAACCUUGCGAAGAUCGCUGCUAUCGGAGGUUCCCACAACACACCCAGCGGAGGUCGGAAAGCGCAAAUUCGACAGAUAAGAGCCCAGAAACAAGCUUUCAAAGAUCGAGCUCCGUCCCUCUUUCGAGGAAUGGUCGAAGUCACGAACACGCUUUCACAAGCGCGUGUUGACGAUUAUCGAUUAGAGGAGUCACUGUCGUUCGCUCAUCGGUCUGCCUAUGACUUUCUCCGUCGGCGGCAAGGGAAGGACCAUUGCCCGGGCGUUGAUGUGAAGGCUUUAGUUCUUCAUUGCCUCAUGGCCCGAGUACGUUACGGCUGGGGUCUUACUGGCUGGAAACCUUCUGUCUGCCAGAUGGUCUCUUCACUGAUUGCGAUUCUCCCUUGGAUUGAGGACACUACUUGCCCACAAGACCGCAUCUCCUACUUUAGAUCUUUAGCCGAGAUGGACAACAUACUCGUCCAAAAGCAACUUGACCCAGACUCGACAGGCCGUUUACAGUUUGCCGUCAACAUUCUAGAUUACGAGAUUCGAUAUCCGCUUCCGUUGAAGUCUAACAAGUUAGUCGUCUCGGUAUUCAACGUUGCGUGUUGGAUGGGACUUCACGAGUACCCGAAAUGGGUGAUACAAUGGCCGGGGUCGUGGGUAUGGAAGGAAACCAUCAGGAUCCCACUGUUAGAGUCUCUGUGCUGGGUUGAGCAACGAUUCCGUCGUGAUGGAGCACUGAUACCCUUGAUACAACGCCUGCUCCAGGAUGGGCCUUACGCCAACGUUCUCGAUGAACACCAAUCGCCAUGGGGAACCUGCCUCACCUUAUCAAUCAUGACGGGCGAUAUUUUCCGAGCACGAGGCUCAUCCUGGCACGCCAUUUCUGUCUUUCUCCAGCAUGGCGCCAAUGCCGACGUCCGUUUCUGGUGGAAUGGGCGGAAUGGGCGGGGAGGUCCUAUCCGACGAAAUGAUUUAUCUCUCGCCGUAGGGAGCUUGACGUAUUCGCUCGUGCACCGAUCAGUCCUACUUCCAGAGUAUACAGGGCAUUAUCCCAGAGAGAGCGAAUUGGGAUCACACAUGGAGGAUGGGGCUUCGCUUCGGGACCUAUACCUGCGUUUUGGACCCAAGGACCGAUCGGAUAUUUUGGACAUGAUUGACAAGAGCCUAGGGCUAGCGCAGCCCAAGCCGGAAGAACCCACGAGAACGAAUUUGCAAACGGAAAAGUUUCACCCAAGUAUUGAACAAUACAGACAUUUCCUUAGGACAUGGUGGAUGCAAGUUCUCUCCGUCGUCAUCGGUCAGCCGCUUAUUGCCCUUUACUGA